CUUUGGCUCCUUUCAUCUUCAUCUUCCAUCUUUCAUCCUCAUCCGUACGGCCUUUAAAAGUCUAAACGUCACAAAAAUAUUCUUAGGGUUUUGUUUCUUAGCACUGGAAACACUUAAGGUUAUUUCUUUACUUCAGCUGAUUUUAUGUCUCUUUAUAGUGAAGAUGUUGUAUGAACAGCAGCAGCAGCAACAACAUCAAAUGAUGGUGAGGGUGGAUAUGGGAAAGAAGGCAGAUAAUAGAGAGUCCAUAGAGGAACAAAAGCUUGAGAUUGUUGAUUUGAGUGGCAUGUCUUUGGACACUCUACCUAGCCCUUCCCUUAACUUGGCCACCAUAUGUAAACUAGACCUCUCUAAUAACAAUCUUCAGAGCAUACCAGAAUCUUUAACAGCAAGAUUGCUCAACAUUGUGAUAUUGGAUGUACACUCAAAUCAGCUAAAAUCCCUUCCAAAUUCAAUUGGAUGUUUGUCAAAGCUCAAGGUUCUGAAUGUAGCCGGCAACCUUCUCGCUUGUCUUCCUAAAACUAUUGAGAAUUGCAGAAGUUUAGAGGAAUUGAAUGCCAACUUCAACAAGUUAAGCGUGCUGCCAAACACAAUUGGAUUUGAGCUGGUGAACCUGAAGAAGCUGUCAGUAAACUCAAACAAGCUAGUGUUCCUUCCACAUUCCAUUACUCAUCUAACCUCUCUAAAAACAUUAGACGCACGCCUUAACAACCUAAGAUCCCUACCGGAAGAUCUUGAGAACCUUAUAAACUUAAAAGUUCUUAACGUCAGCCAAAAUUUUCAAUACCUUGAAACACUGCCAUACUCCAUUGGCCUACUGUUUUCUCUUAUUGAAUUGGACAUUAGUUACAAUAGAAUAACUUCUCUGCCAAACUCCAUUGGCUGCCUCAGGAAGCUCCAAAAGCUUAGCGUUGAAGGGAACCCACUCGUUUCGCCGCCGAUGGAGGUGGUCGAGCAGGGCUUGCAUACUGUUAAAGAGUACCUGAGCGAGAAAAUGAAUGCCGGUCACAAGAGCCCACAAAAGAAGAAAUCAUGGGUAGGUAAGUUGGUCAAGUACGGAACCUUCAAUGGAAGCACGAGAAAUCAAAUUAAUAGUACUAAUAAUGAGGAGAGAAAAGCGUUCAUCAUGUCGGAAUAUCGUUCCAUUGACGGGCUUGCUUCUCCUAGCUAUAUGGGAAUGUUCUCACCUCGUCGGCUUUUCUCACCUAAGAAUAUCUUUCACUAGAUAGUGGCAUAAAAAAGAGAGCAUCAGGAUGACCCAGUCUGCUAAUUUCUUGGUGAGAUUUGUAUAGGUCAUCUAGCUACUGCUUGCAUCAAAAGAAUAAUUAUAUAAAUGGUAAUCAACUUUAUACGUUUUGUUAUAAAACUUUAGUUUUUUAUUUUAUUUUAAUCAUUUAAUCUUAGUUGUCUUUUGAUAUAAGAAUUGAAAUGUUGAGCA